CAGACGAAGGGCAGGGAUCGCCUCCCCUCCAUGUGACUUGCUGACGUUACAGUAGGACGCUGCUAAAGAGGAAUGCAGGGAAUGAAUACGGAUUACUGCUUAAGAAGGGAUCCACACUGCCCCUGACGUCCAAGUCGAGGAAGUCCGAAGUUUAGUUUUCGGCUGGUUAACUUGUUUGAUUCACAGAUUUCUUUCAGACCUCGAUUACGGUAGGCCGACUCACGAUGUCCGGCGAUCAUCAUAAUGACAAGGAGGCCAUGAGUAUAUACUGUAUAACCCUCAACGGUCCAGCACCAUGGGGCUUCAGACUUCAGGGGGGGAAGGACUUCAGCAUGCCCCUCACGGUGUCCAGGCUGACCCCCGGGGGUAAGGCCGCCCAGGCCGGUGUGGGCGUGGGAGAUUGGGUGGUGUCCAUCGGAGAAACCAACGCAGAAGACAUGACCCAUGUGGAGGCACAGAACAAGAUCAGAGCAGCAGAGGAGUCUCUCACCCUCACCCUCAGCAAAGCUUUCCAUGCGGGUGGCGAUCAGAAGGAUUUGCUCGCCUCCGCCUCCGUUCAGCCCAAAUACUCCUUCGCCCCCAGCACCGCUAUCAACAAGAUGGCGCGGCCAUUCACGCCGGGUGGCAGCAACACGGUCAUUAAACCAGUGGCGUACGCCCCUAAAGUAAACACCCCGGUCCCCGUCAGCAUGCUACAGCCACACAACGGCAUCAAGGCAUCCCGGUCACCUGCUAAGGCCCAGACCCAGGCAGCCGACAAACCUGACGCCCCUAAGUCUCCAGUCAACUCUGGUCCUAAGGUGCGCCCUCCGUGGGUGACCGACCCAGGGUUCGCUGACCGUUACGCCCCAGACAAGACCAGUACGGUUCUGACCCAGCACAGGCAGCCGGCCCAGCCAACGCCCAUGCAGAACCGCUCCUCUAUCCUACAGGCGGCUCAGCAGGCACCCGAGGACAGCGGAAGGACCCCUCUCUGUGGAGCCUGCAAAAAGAUCAUUAGGGGCCGGUACCUGGUGGCUCUGGGUCAGUCCUGGCACCCAGAAGAGUUCCAGUGUUCCCAGUGUAAGGUGAUGUUAGAUGAGGGAGGAUUCUUCGAGGAGAAAGGCUCCGUCUUCUGCUCCAAGUGUUAUGAUAACCGCUACGCUCCCAACUGUGCCAAAUGCAAGAAGAUUAUCGUAGGGGAGAUCAUGCAUGCUCUGAAGAUGACCUACCAUGUCCAGUGUUUCAUGUGUGCUGCGUGUAAGAGCCCCAUCAGAAACCAGGCCUUCUAUAUGGAGGAGGGAGAACCUUACUGUGAGAGAGAUUAUGAGAAGAUGUUUGGUACUAAGUGUCAUGGCUGUGACUUUAAGAUCGAUGCUGGGGACCGCUUCCUAGAGGCCUUGGGAUACAGUUGGCACGACACCUGCUUUGUCUGCGCUUUCUGCCAGAUCAACCUGGAAGGAAAGACCUUCUACUCUAAGAAGGAUAAGCCGCUGUGUAAAGGCCAUGCCUUUGCUCCCGUCUGAGAGGGAGGGGGGGGGGUGGUUCAGAGGGGACAGGAACCAUUCUCUGAACCCUGAAGACCUCCGCAUCGCACAGCUCCAGUCACUCUCCACUCCACUGCAAACCAGACAGCUUUUCAGAUCCUCACUAUCGCUCAGCUAAAGAUGUGUUCCCAUAUACUUCUAUCCCUGGACUUUUCAAAUGCAUCCUGUGCUGGCUGGCUCCCUCCCACUGCUCCCUCCCACUGGCUCCCUCCCACUGGCUCCCUCCCACUGGCUCCCUCCCAUUGGCUCCCUCCCAUUGGCUCCCUCCCAUUGGCUCCUUCCCACUGGCUCCCAUUGGCUCCCUCCGCUGUCAGUCAUACUUCCUGGUCUCUUAGUCUAAGAUCUGAAGGAAUUUGAUGUCAACCUUUUUCCAACGAACUGCCUAGUUUCUCUGCUGUUGUUCCCCAUUGCAGGUUACUCUAGUAUCAUGUUGUAGUGUUAUUACAAACGGAGUCAUUUCAAGCCUUAGCUCAAUGCUGUAUGUCUCAUGUAUUACCAGUGAACCACUGAAUAUGAAUAUAUAUAUAUAUAUAUGUGUGUCAUUCUCCCUCUGUGAUUGUGAUGCUAACCACUGGUGUUGACAAGUCAUUCUUUACUGCAAUGUGUCUAGUCAGUUCAACUGUUUGGGCAGCGGCUGUUAGUUUGGUAAAAUAUCACACUGAGCUCCAUUUCACUUUAACUGUCUUUUAAGUGUCUUCAAAGUUGAAACAACCAUUUUAGUGUGUCAUUUUCUAAGAUGUUACAUUUAACUAUCGCUCCACUACCGACUUCAUUUAAAGUCCCCUCUUAGUCUCUGCUUCGUUUGAUGCCCCUCUAUACUCCAGUACUUAAGGUAAUAUAAUGGGCAACCUUACUGCUAUACUGAUGGUAAUGGGCAACCUUAUUCCAGUACUGUUGGUAAUGGGCAACCUUAUUCCAGUACUGAUGGUAAUGGGCAACCUUACUGCUAUACUGAUGGUAAUAUAAUGGGCAACCUUAUUCCAGUACUGUUGGUAAUGGGCAACCUUACUCUAGUACUGUUGGUAAUGGGCAACCUUACUGUUGGUAAUGGGCAACCUUACUGUUGGUAAUGGGCAACCUUACUGUUGGUAAUGGGCAACCUUACUGUUGGUAAUGGGCAACCUUACUGUUGGUAAUGGGCAACCUUACUGUUGGUAAUGGGCAACCUUACUGCAGUACUGUUGGUAAUGGGCAACCUUACUGAUGUACUGAUGGUAAUGGGCAACCUUACUGCUAUACUGAUGGUAAUGGGCAACCUUACUGUUGGUAAUGGGCAACCUUAUAUUACCAACAGUACAGGAGUAAGGUUGCCCAUUAUCAACAGUACUGCAGUAAGGUUGCCCCUUAUAUUACCAACUGUACAGGAGUAAGGUUGCCCCUUAUAUUACCAACAGUACAGGAGUAAGGUUGCCCAUUACCAACAGUACAGCAGUAAGGUUGCUCCUUAUAUUACCAACAGUACAGCAGUAAGGUUGCCCAUUAUAUUACCAACAGUACUGCAGUAAGGUUGCCCCUUAUAUUACCAACAGUACUGCAGUAAGGUUGCCCCUUAUAUUAUCAACAGUACUGCAGUAAGGUUGCCCCUUACAUUAUCAACAGUACAGCAGUAAGGUUGCCCAU